AUGUAAGAAGAUUUUGUCUAUAAUCCUGAGAUUAUGAAAUCAUAGCUAAGUAUGCUGCCUCCAAUUGAAUAAUUCACUCUAUAAUAAUUAGCUAAUAAACGAAAGAUAAAUUUCAACAUGAUGCUCUCAUUACCGGUUUAAUAUUAAAUUUUUAUUUGCAGUUUCUUUUGAAAGAUAAGGCUUUAGAAGAUAGAAAGGAUACUAUUGCCAUAUAUAGAAAACGUAAAUUUGAGCCAUUAAAACCUUAAAAACAUAAGGUGACUUUGAUUAACAGUGGUCGCAUCCAUUGUCCUGAAUUUUGGUCGGAUAAAUAUUAGAGUACUGCUUUAAGAGAUUCACAUAUUAAUAGAAAUUUAGAUAAAUAUAGACAGAUCAUAAAAAAUAACAUUUAAGAUUAUUUAAUUAAAUUUGAUAUGCAAGCUAAAGAAUAAAUGGAAGAAGCAAAAAAGUAUUAAAUUUAAUAGAUUCAAGAAUUAAGUAUUAAGAAAUAUAUAAAAAACAAUGUUCCAUCUCAGAUGAAGAAAUUGCUCCAUCAAAUAAUGAAUUAAAUCUUAGUUAAUGCACUUAAGAUGAAAUUAUUAAUUACUAUAGAGAUGUAAAGAAGUAGGAUCCUAUUUAAAAAACAAGUUUGAAAAAUCUAGAUAAGAUAACUUGUAAUAGUGUAAAAUAAAGUUUUAUUGAAAAAUUUGAUAAAGUAAUUACUACUUGUGAUCGAAAUUCAAUUGUAUCAUAUAGAAAUUCUGUAGAUAGUAUAAAGUAUUAUUAAUAAUUAAAUAUUAGUAAUUAUGGAUAUGCAAAUCUUAAAUAAAGAAAUAAAAAUGUCUUAGGUAGUAACACUAGCAGAAGUCAUUAUAAUUGA